AUGCCCGCCGCAAAUCUUCAAGGCCUCAACAUCGUGCAUCCCGCACAGGAGCACUCAGACUCCCAGGACUUGCUCCUGGGGCAGGCUUAUCCAGACCUCACGGCCCAACUCGACCUCUGGACAAACCUCUCGUUUGACUCUGAGGACCACCUGGGCCCCAGACAUGACGAGCCCAAGAAAUACCUAGCGGAGGAGGAGGAGGAGGAGCAGGCACGAUCCCCCGUCACCGGCGAAAAGGCCAUGCGCGAUGGCCAUGUGAACGUGGUCACUCCUACCAACGUCCCCAACAACUCGGCAGCGCAAUCAGCCAACCCCGCCGCCGCCCCCCAGGCGUUCGACUUCAACGCUUUCCUCGCCGGAUUCGGGCUGGAUGCGUUCGCAGCGGCAGCGCACCCCCAGCAGCUGCAGCAGCCAACGGCCAUGGCCCCAUCGCUUGCUCAGCUUCUCGCGCUCCACCCGUCGCACCACCCCUAUGCAGCCGGUGGACCACCGUCUUACAACCCCGGCCUGCCGUUGCCCCACCCUUUUACCCGCCCCACUGCUGCAACCACCACCGCGCCUCCCGCCCCCGCCUCCGCUGCGCCAGAACCCUACGUCCCUGCCAAGCGUGCGCGCACCCGGAAGGCAUCGGUCAGCAACCCCGACUCGCCUGAUUUCGAGGAGGGCGGAUCGCCUGAAAACUCAACAACCCCUCUCUCAGCGGCUGAAGAUAAGCGUCGCCGGAACACGGCCGCAAGUGCCCGAUUCAGGCUGAAGAAGAAGGAGCGCGAGGCUGCCCUCGAGGGCAAGGCGAAGGAACUCGAAACGAAGGUUGCGGAAUUGGAGCGGGAGUGCGAGGGUCUUAGAAGGGAGAACGGAUGGCUCAAGGGCCUGGUUGUCGGUGUUACAGGUGCUGCUCAGGCACCUGCGACCAAUCAAGGUAUCACAGUCGCAACACCCUCUUCCGCCCCGGUUUCGACAGGAUCCAAACGACGCAGAGAAGAGACAGAGGCGGCUUAA